UGGAACAGAGGGCCUCCCACCUGUGUUGACUUCCUGAACACGCAGCGUGAGCAAGAAAUUAACAGAGGUGCAAGAGUCUGCCCGGGAGAAGGGACAAGGACACGACUUCAUUUCUGUCGUCACCACAGCGGCUGAUGACCAUCCCACAGGGUCCACUCGGCACAGCCUGGCUGUGGAUGUACACUCGGGUCCAACUUAGGCGUUGUCGAUGGGCCGAGCUGAUGGACCAGGGCUGGGGGACACCAUUCACUCUCCAGGUUCUGCGUCCCCUGUCCUCCACAGCCCGUUACAUGAGGCCUGCACCAUGCUCGGUGCAGUGGGGUUCCAGCUGCAGGCUGCCCUGGCUGAGGUCUUACGGGGGGAGCCAGGACUAGUGCUCUCAACAGAGCCAUGUGCCUCUGGGCUUGGCAGCCUGCCUUUUCAUCAGUGAUAUGUGUGCUUGGUCCUGCUGGUACCUCACCACAGCACUAGGUCUGGCGCACAGCACUGGGUCCCGCGGUGGCCUCCCAAAGUGGGGAACAGUAGAUAUGAGGGAAGGCUGUGCGGGGUAGGUGCACGGAGCCCAGCCCAGGUCCCCUGUGCUGGGGGCUCCACUGCAGUAGCAGCCCCCACUCUCAGGCUCCAUUUCUCUCCCCAGCUUUAUCCAAGGUGGGCAGAGGGCACGUCUCUGUUCCCAGAGAUUGGCAGCUCCAAGGAGCCUCCUGGCCAGCAUGACCAGGCCUGUGUCCCCCACAGGUCACCUGGAUGUCAGGAUGGCUGCAGCAAACCUGGAGAACCAGCUGCACAGCGCGCAGAAGAACCUGCUGUUCCUGCAGAGGGAGCAUGCCAGCACGCUGCAGGGGCUGCAUGCCGAGGUCAGGCGGUUGCAGCAGCACUGCACAGACUUAACAUAUGAGCUGACUCUCAAGAGUUCGGAACUGACAGGCGAGGGGGCCUCUCGGAGCAGCGAGCUCCAGCAGAAGUGCGCGGCCAUGGAAGCUCAGCUGCGCUCCCAAGACCAGGAGAACCAGGAGCUGCUGGCCGAGCUGGAGCAGAAGAACGCCAUGAUCCUGGUGCUGGAGAACACCCUCAAGGAGCGCGAGAGGAAGUACCUGGAGGAGCUCAAGGUCAAGAGCCACAAGCUGAGCCUGCUGUCGGGCGAGCUGGAACAGCGCGCCGGCACCAUCGCCUACCUGACGGCGCAGCUGCACGCCGCCAAGAAGAAGCUGCUGAGCGCCGGCGGGACCACGGAGGGCAGCCCCUCGGGCAGCCCCUCCGCCCAGAGGUCCGUGCUGGCCAGCUACAAGCCCGCCCCGCCCAAGGACAAGCUGCCCGAGACGCCGCGCCGCCGCAUGAAGAAGAGCCUCUCGGCGCCCCUGCACCCCGAGUUUGAGGAGGUCUACAGAUUCGGGGCCGACAGCCGCAGACUGCUCUUGCGCGAGCCGGUGGAUGCCAUGCCCGACCCCACCCCGUUCCUGCUGGCCCGGGAGUCAGCCGAGGCGCACCUGGUCAAGGAGCGGCCCCUCGUCAUCCCUCCCAUCGCGUCCGACCGCGGCGGCGGGGCCAGCGAGCAGCCCACCCCGGCUCGCGACAAGAAGGCGCACGUGGGGGUGGCCCACCGCAUCCCGCACGCGGCCCCGCCGGCGGCGCAGCCCGAGCUGGAGACGCUGGCGGUGGACCAGGUGAACGCGGGCAAGGUGGUGCGCAAGCCCUCGGGGGCCGACAGCGCCGUGUGACGCCCGCCCCAGCCCAGCAUGCCACAGCCCCUCCUGCUCCUGCCCCCGCCGC